GUACAUUACUAAAGCAUUUAAAUUUUCACAUCUAAAAAUAGCAUGAAAUUUGUAAGAGGCGUGUCGUUACUCUCAAUUCAAAAUGGAGUUCUUAACCCCUGGAAUAUGUGAUGGUUUGCAGCACCUGUCAGAGGCAGUGUUUGUGAGGAUGUGUCAGAUAGUUGGGACCUCACAACAGGUAGCAAUCAGGAGGGAGACAGUGGAUAUCAGGGAGGUAGUGGUGAGACUGCUGACCACUAAUAAUGGGGUCAUUCAGAUGUUAAGUGGAAGUCAGAGAGAAGGAUUUAGACUUAACGGAUCAGAUGUGGACUUUAUGUACUGGCCAAACAACCACCGAGUGAUCAUGGACGUGUCUCAGUCUGAAUAUUACAACACAGCCAGUACAACCUUGAUUCUCUCCAACAGUUCUGAGAGUCCACCAGGAUUCACUUUACUUCAGUUACUGACACUGACAACAGACAGAGACAUUGCAUCAGCAUGUGUCAGCAUGAAUGACAGAGUCUAUAUAUCUAGUUCUAAAUACAGAGAAUUGACUUGUUCUGCAAAAAUGCCCAAUUCUACUGUACAUGGACCCUGUGGUAGUGGUAGUUUAGCAGGAACAGUAGAAUAUGACAAUGCCCACUGUUUUAUUUGUGAUUUUUGGCCUGUGUCUGCCUUGUCAUGGAUAGACAGGUGUCACUCAUGGCCUGAUCCUGAAGUUGUUGAUGACAUAGUCAGAAAUGGAUGUCAUGUUGUAGCAAUAGGAAACCCAUUAGGACCUCAUAGCGACACGGAAUGGAGAAUUUCUUUUUCCAAUGCAGAGUACAAAUGUGUGUAUGCAAUAAAUCAUUGUCAGUUUUUGAUUUAUGGUCUGUUAAAGUUGUUUUUAAAAGAAGUUAUAAAUCAGCAGUUAGACGAAACCAAUAAACUGCUGUGUUCCUAUCACAUGAAGACAACGGUUUAUUGGGCGAUUCAACAAAAUACACUAAAUCACUGGUGUCCACAAAAUCUUCUGAUCAGUUUCUGGGUCUUCUUUAAACUCCUCCUUAAAUGGGUGUAUGAAGGGAUUUGUCCGAAUUUUUUCAUCCCACAGAACAACAUGUUUCUGACCAAGGUUCAUGGCUCAGCACAAAACAGAUUGUUUCUACAGUUACAUGAAUUGUACAAUAAAGGUCUGAUCUGUCUGCUACAGAGUUCCUCUGUCAGGUCCUACAUCGUUGAUGUCUUUUACAAUCCUAGAGCCUCUAUUCAUAUAUAUGAAGGUAUAAUCAAAUCUGAAGUGGACGUUGAUAGAGAACUUUUCACUGAGGUAUUUCAUAAUGGUAACACACCCCCGGGAAAUCUUCACAGCUGUGUGAAAUACUUAUUUACAAUACAACAGUUGGUAGCAUCACCACUGGGAAGCUAUCAAAUCUUUAAAUUAAAAAGACAUACAACAACUAUUUUUCAGAACACUGCAUUUAUAUUACACAAUACAUACACUAACGCUGGCAUCAAGUUCAACAAACAGAUGUAUAUUGCAAACAAAACUUCCUCUUAUAUUCUUAAACUAUCAGCCAAGUUUGGAUGUGUUUCUGACAUGUUGUACAUUGUCAUUUAUUAUUACAAGACAUUCAGAUACAGGGAAGCUUUAUCUGUUUUAGAGAUAACAAAGGUCAAGUUAGCAGAGCCAUAUUUAAUGUAUGAUAGGCAUGUAGACAGAGAAAAGUAUAUUGAGGCUGUGGGGGGACAGUCCUGGUCUAAAAAGAUGAGACAAACUGUAGCAAUGGAUAUUAUACUAGACAAUAGAAUCUGUUAUAUCAGCGAACUAAUACCAGAACAACAGUCUUCUCUUCAGAACAAGUGGCCUUCAUUAGAUAUCCCAGUGUUUGUAAUGUUACACUUCCUUGAGUUCUUGUGUUACAGACACAUUGAUGCAACAUUAUCACAAGCAGCUCUAGAUGAGCUACAGGUCCUAGUCCACCAUGAUCAGGGACUGUAUGUACGUGAUUUAUUCAGAGACAUCUCCUGGGAGAUCCUGGGGAUCUGUCAACAGAUCACAGGGAACCUCCAGGCUGCUCUAUACUCUUACGAACAGUCACUCACACAGUAUCCAGUGCACAGCAUACAACGUGCUACACAGAGGAGGAUACAAGGUAUGGUUCAGUUAACCCCACACCUCUAUGUAUAUUUAAGAAUGAAAUGGGGUGAUAACAAACAGUUCAAAAUCAAAAGUCCAAAGGAGAAUUGCAAAACAACACUUCGGUGA